AUAAAUUUUAAAUAUAUACAUAUCAUUACUUUUAAAUUCAUAAAAUAUACUAUUGUAUUUUAUUUAAUAUAAUGACUUAUUAUUGUGAUACUGAAAACCAAGAAUUAAUCAGACACAAACACCUAGAACCAUAUUCAUUAAAUGUUAAUGCUAAAAAUCAGUCAGAAAAUGAUGACUUAGAUAAAAUUCCUGACCAUAAAAUACAUGAAACCAAGAGAAAACUUUUCUUAAUCCCUGAUCACAUUUCUUCAUUAGAAUGUGAUGGAAUUAUCAAAUAUAAUUGUAAUGUAUGCAAAAAAACUUUCAAGUCCAAAAAAAAUUGCUUCUAUCACUUGACAUGCAAUGGAGAUAGAACGAAAAAACAAUUGUUUUGCAAUAAAUGCAAUAAAUCAUUUAAAAUACAAUCACAUUUAGAUUAUCAUAUGUUAACUCAUACAGGAGAAAGACCAUUUAAAUGUGUACAUUGUGAAAAAUGUUUUUUUACUAAAUCUAAAAUGAUUGAACAUAAAAUAGUACAUGCAGCUUAUUCUCAUUUUUGUGCAUUAUGCACUAAAGGUUUCAAAAGAAAACGGUCCUUGGAAGUUCAUAUGAAAUCACAUGUUGUUGAAAAACCAUUCCAAUGUGCUACUUGUUCAACAUUUUUUAAAAACAAACAAUGCUUAAAAAAACAUCAUAUUAGGAAACAUUCUGGAACUAAAGAAUUUUCAUGUGAUAUUUGUAAACGAAAAUUUAGCUUGAAAGAUGCAUUGGUUUCACAUAAAAAGAUACAUAUACGUUCAACUCAAUUUUCAUGUUAUUUAUGUAAUCAAUUAUUUAGAGAAAAACGUUAUUUACAAAGACAUCUAGGAACUCACAAUAAAAAGAAUAUUCUGAACUGUCCAAUGUGUAUGAAGGAAUUCACGCGUAAAGAUAAUUUAGACAGACAUGUAAGGAACACGCAUUUAGAAUUUGAAAAUAUCAAUAUCAAUGAAAAUAUUAUCCGUGCGUCUGUUAUUAAAGUCGUUAAAAAGGUUGAAUCAUGUCCUGUUCAAGUCAUUCGUCAUACUUAAUCAUCUAUUCAAUGUACAAUAUUGUUAUUUUUAACUAAUGAUCCAAUUUUAUAGAUUUUCUUUAAAAAAAAAAACUAAUGUUAGUUGUACAAUAUAUUACCACCUUAGUAACUAUUAUGUGUUGUCUACCUCAAUUUUAUUUUUUUCGUGUAAUGUAAUUAUAUUUACU